CCACCAUAUCUCCCCCGCCGAGCUUUCUCCGUCUCCGAUACAAGAUCAAUCGAACCAAGGACCAAAACUGCCUUUCAAUUUCGCUGUAGCGAUCCUUCGCCGACGAGGAAGGAGAAGAAGAUGACGGCCGAAGUAGCGAACGCCGUCGCCGGGGUUCCACCGUACGCCAAUGGCGACUUGAUGCACCAAAACCCUAGCACCGCCACCGCAGUGAAGAAGUCGCGGGAGAGUGAGAGGCGGCGGAGGAGGCGGAAGCAGAAGAAGAGCAGCAACAAGGCAUCUCAGGACCCUCACCGCGACGACAGCGACACCGCGGCCGAAGAAGACGGCUUUAACGAUAACCACGGCAAAGAGAACUCCGAUCCACAGAAGGCUAUGGGUCAAGUUGAAGUUGAGUAUGUACCAGAAAAGGCGGACCUAGAUGGUGAUUUUGAUGAGGAAUUUAGGAAGGUUUUUGAGAAAUUCAGUUUUAUGGAGUCACUGGUGUCUGAGGAGAAUGAUAAACAGGAUGAUAGUGCUGCCAAUUUGGCCUCAAACAAGAAGGUUGAUUCAGAUUCUGACGAGGAAGAGCAGGACCCACAACAAAAAGAGAAAGGCGUUUCAAAUAAAAAGAAAAAGCUUCAACGGCGGAUGAAAAUUGCUGAACUGAAGCAGAUAUGUCCAAGGCCUGAUGUGGUUGAGGUAUGGGAUGCAACUGCAUCCGAUCCUAAACUUUUGGUAUUUCUGAAAUCAUAUAGAAAUACUGUUCCAGUGCCAAGACAUUGGUGUCAGAAAAGGAAAUUUUUGCAGGGGAAACGAGGCAUUGAGAAACAGCCUUUUCAACUUCCUGAUUUCAUUGCAGCUACAGGGAUUGAGAAAAUCAGACAGGCUUAUAUUGAAAAAGAGGAUAGUAAGAAACUCAAACAGAAACAACGAGAGAGGAUGCAGCCAAAGAUGGGGAAGAUGGAUAUUGAUUAUCAGGUUCUCCAUGAUGCAUUUUUCAAAUAUCAAACUAAGCCUAAGCUGACAACACAUGGUGAUCUGUAUUUUGAAGGAAAAGAGUUUGAGGUAAAGCUAAGGGAGAUGAAGCCUGGGAUGCUGUCACAUGAACUAAAAGAAGCUCUUGGGAUGCCUGAAGGUGCUCCUCCCCCAUGGCUCAUCAACAUGCAGAGAUAUGGUCCACCCCCUUCUUAUCCGCAUUUGAAAAUUCCUGGGCUGAAUGCUCCUAUUCCUCCUGGAGCUAGUUUUGGUUAUCAUCCUGGAGGUUGGGGCAAACCUCCUGUUGAUGAAUAUGGUCGUCCACUCUAUGGUGAUGUUUUCGGGGUUCUGCAACUAGAUCAGCCCAACUAUGAGGAAGAACCAGUUGAUAAGACCAAACAUUGGGGUGAUCUGGAGGAAGAAGAAGAAGAGGAAGAAGAGGAGGUGGAAGAGGAGAUUGAGGAAGAGGAGUUGGAGGAUGGCAUUCAAUCAGUUGACAGCCUCUCAAGCACUCCUACUGGUGUUGAGACUCCUGAUGUUAUUGAUCUCCGGAAGCAGCAGAGGAAGGAGCCUGAAAAGCCUCUUUACCAAGUACUUGAGGAGAAGGAAGAAAGGAUUGCACCGGGCACCUUGCUUGGAACAUCUCAUACGUAUGUCAUUGGCACGGGCACACAAGACAAGACAGCAGCUGCCAAAAGGGUUGAUUUGCUUAAAGGUCAGAAAUCAGAUAGAGUUGAUGUGACAUUGCAGCCAGAAGAGUUGGAAGUAAUGGACAAUGUUUUGCCUGCGAAGUACGAGGAAGCGAGGGAGGAGGAGAAGAUGCGCAGUCAACGAGAGGACUUCAGCGACAUGGUCGCAGAGAACGAGAAGAAGAGGAAACGGAAAAUGCAGGAAAAGGAGGGGAAAUCGAAGAAGAAGGAUUUCAAAUUCUAGAACCUCCAUGGCUGUGUGAUUGUAACAUCAAAAAGGUCAGAAGACAUGGCUGAGUUGUUAGACCCCCCAAUGCUCUUAUCAGAGAAUAUUUUCAUUUGUUUUAUGUAAUUUUCAGUCUCCUAUAAUAACAUAGCGAAGACUACUAGAAUGUGAACCUAGAAACUUCAACGAAGCCUGGGCCUACAAGUCGCAGUCAAACUGUCUUGUCUUAAUCUAUAUAGAUAUAUGUAUAUAUAUAUGCUUAUUAGUGGAAUGGAUUUGAACCCUUCUUUCUGCCA